GUUUUGGGCACAAAGUUUGAAGUCGGUUCGUAUGGAAGCCAACUGCAAUUUGAUAUUUAUUUUGUGUGUAGAAAUGCCGUAGCUAAGAGGCUUGUGCUGAUAUAGAUGAUAUUGUUGUAAAAAAUGAAUGUGAUGGCAGGAGCAUCCCUUGGCACGGAGUUUCCCCUCCUCCUCCCAACAUUUGGUUCUCAGUCAACAAGUUUUCAUGGCUUCCUGACUAUUGGGAGAUAUGACUAUGAAGUUCACCUCGAAGUUCCCCACUUUCCAGAUGUAAAAGGAAUGACCCUGAGUACAGAUGCAUGGCUAGCAUCUGUUAUUAAAAGGUGUCAGGAGCAGUUGUCACAGGAGGAGAAAGAUUGCCAUACUGUUCAGGAAUAUUUAAGGAAAUUUCAGCAAAUAUGUGCUGCAGCCACUGAGAAUGAAGACAGCGUAUCUCUGCCACAAGAUGCAAUGUUUACUACCCUCCUUUCUCAUAUUGAAACUAUAGGCUGGUCAAAAGUGUCCCAAGUUUCAACUGAUUUCUCAAUGAUAUAUCUGGAGACAAAAGAUGAAAGUGAAAGAUUACACAGUCUAAGAGCCAAAAUCCAGCCUGGUUACCCUAUUGUUGAGCCUGUUGUCGAAGCAGACCUGCCUGUUGACAUUGAUAUUACGUGGAAUACUAGUGAGGGCUUGUCGUGUAUAAUGUCGGCAUGGGAAGAAAAGCUCUCCACCCUCCAGGAGCUUUGGGAUGUUUUGGAUGAGCUUGAUGAGACAGCCCUCGUUCUCGACCCUCCAAAUCCAACACGGAAGCACACCUCUCGCAGAAUCCUUUUAAGUAAUCAUGUGAGCAUCCAGUUAACAGUAUCCAUUGCCCACCCUCGCAGUCUGCCUCAGUGCCAUCUUUUGGGCUCUUCUCACCUGACUGCACCACUCAACGCCAGACUCACAGACAAUUAUAAUGAAUGGGACCCAGAAAGAAGCAUCGUCAACAAUCUGGAAAUAGUGCUUGGGGUUGACGUGGUAAAAGCAAAGAGUAAAGAAAGCACGGUAGAUGACGGUGGAAGUGACUGGAGUGCUGAAUGUGCUGUGUGCUAUUGCCUUCACCUUGAGGGGGCACUGCCAGAUCUGACGUGUGAUCACUGUUCUCAGGCAUUUCAUGUGCAAUGUCUGUAUGAGUGGCUGUGCAGUGUACCAAAUAGUCGACAGAGUAUGAACUUUAUCUUUGGAGAGUGUCCAUACUGCACACAGCUGAUAUCUUGUAAAGUUCCGACAUGAUAAAGAAGAAAGAGAUGAACUGGAAAUUUUUAAUAAACCCUAUAUUUUCUAUAUA